UCCGUCGACAGGAAAAGGCGGCGGGGAAGAAGGAAAUCGCAAACUGCCGUUACAAGGUAGUUCAAAGCAAGAGGGAAAUCUGUUGGAAAGUCAUCGGACGAGGGGCGUUCACCUCAGAAUUUAAUUUCAGGUCUCUUGCAGGGUUCAAAGUUGUUGAAGAUUAUGUUUUUUUUUAUAAAACAUAUUAGGCGUACUAAUGUAACUCUAAAUCAGUGUGUGUGUGUGUGUGUGUGUGGCGAACGCCCCUGGUCUCGCGCCGCUGUCAGAUAUAAGUUCAAACUUUGCCAAGCGCAGUUCAUCCAAUUGGAGAAUGCAUGUAAUUUGUUCAAGUAAAGUUUGAAAGCUGUUUCAGUUAUGAGUUGAAACUUUCACAGACUCAUCAUUUUCAGGUUUGGGAAUUUUAUCCCGUCUCCACUUAGGUGAUAAAACCAAACAACCAUUCAAGUGAUAAUCAUUUGCUCUUUUUAAAAAAAGCGUUGGAGUUAAUUAUCAACCAGGUAUUGCAGGCGGCUGGCUGGAAGUUGAGAUCAUUGCUGUUUGGUGCCUCCUCGGUGUACAUUGGAAAGUAACAGACGAAAUUAAAAAAUAAGGAAAACGAGGAUUGGGAAGAAAACGCUUCCCUUUAUUUACACCUCUGCUUUCUCAUCCCAGGGGUGAAGGCAGCUUGUCGGAACGGAGUGACGCUGUUCCCGCUGAGGAAAUCCGGGCUUUGGGAAGAGGGACCGAUCCAAACCCUCUACAAGGAAAGCGGCGAUCAUUAGCAGGCUGCGAAAGAUUGAACCAAACCCGAUCUCCUCUCUAGGGCAACCAGCCAAAAUAACACAAUUUAACCAGCGGCUUGGAGGAGACCUUCAUUCAGUCUAAUAUAUUUCAUUGAAAAUAUACCAAAGCGUAUCGAUUGUUAGGGAGCGACCUGAUUGCACUAAUCGAGGCGAUCAACAGAUGAUGGGAGACGCGAGUUUUGGGCUGGUCGAUGCUCAGGUCAUCGCUGUGUUACUCAUUGAUGUUGAUGCGUAUCCAGAGGUGAUCUGUACUCGAGGGGCUAGCAGCAAGGGCCCGCAAACGUUGAUCAGUAAUUCUAGCAGCAGGAAAAGACCGCACUCUGGGGCUACUAGCCAUGAACUAAUUGUAAACCCAGCGACAUCUGUAAUCAAUCAUCCGAAAGAUCGAUGCCAAAGGAAAGCCUUGCAGGGACCGAUCGGGAGCCUUUACCCAAGCGGACUCACUAAGCAGAGAUCGAUCCAGCGUUCGAAUGCCCACCAUAAUCAGUUGAUCGAAAUUGCCAAAGAAAUCGGGAAUACGGACUACUCAAUCAAUAACCAAAGGGCGAUGAAGCAACGGCCUUGUUUGAAAGGUGUUUUCGAUAACCAGAUUGAAAACCGAAGUGAUGAAAUUAAUGUAUUGAUUAGGGGACCGAAAUCGGGAGUAUUCCGAAGAACAGCUGGAUUUGUUAGUGCGAGAGGAAACUUUAAUUUGUUUGGAUGUUUUGGGCGAAUGUGGAUGUUAGCUCUCUUUUAUAUCCACGUGCUACAGACCCUGGCUCAAGAUGAUGUUCCACCAUAUUUUAAAACUGAACCAGGACCACCACAAAUUCACUUGGAGGGAAAUCGUUUGGUCUUAACGUGCCUGGCAGAGGGAAGUUGGCCACUUGAGUUUAAAUGGUUGCGAAAUGAUACAGCAAUCACAGCAUUCUCUCGUGAAUACAGGUAUGUUAUUCCAUCCCUUCAGCAGUCAGACAUUGGGUUUUAUCAGUGUGUUGUGCGGAACAGACGUGGAGCACUUCUUCAGAAGAAAACACAAGUACAAGUUGCAUACAUGGGAAAUUUUGAAGGAGGCAACAAACGUAUUACAGUGUCACAGGGUCAGGCUGCGCUGUUAAAAUCUCCAGAUAUCAGCAGCUAUCCACAACCACAAAUGACAUGGUUUCGUAAUGGCCAGAAAAUUAUCCCAAGCAACAGAAUAGCUAUAACUCUCAGCAAUCACCUGGUGGUGCUUUCAGCAACUGCAGCAGAUGCAGGAAAAUACUAUGUACAAGCAGUCAACGAAAAGAAUGGAGAAAACAAGACCAGUCCAUUUAUCUACCUGAGCAUUGCAAAUGCCGAGGAUCCAACAGACCCUGUGGCGCCAACAAUUGUUGUUCCUCCAAAAAACACUAGCAUAGUAGCUGGCACCAGUGAGGUCACUCUGGAAUGUGUUGCCAAUGCAAGGCCUGUGGAGAGACUGAGUAUUACCUGGAGACGAAGUGGUGUGAAACUAACGCAUGGAAUCAGUAUGUUUGGAAGGCGGUUGACGAUCUUAAAUCCAACCUCGGCUGUUAUUGGCAUGUAUGAAUGUGAGGCUACUUUGCAGAGCGUCAGUGUUGUUCCUGGAAACGCACAUGCCUACCUGUCCAUUAUAGAACCACCAUAUUUUACUGCAGAACCUGAACGGAGGAUUCAGGGUGAAGUAGAUAAAACUGUUGAUAUUCCAUGUCGAGCAAUGGGUAUACCUUUACCUAGUCUGCAAUGGUACAAAGAUUCAAUCCCAGUAACAAUGUUGAACAACAGCAGAUAUAAGGAAAUGGUAAGCGGGAUCCUACAGAUCCAGAGGCUGGUCCCUGAAGACUCAGGAAUAUUCCAGUGUUUUGCUAAGAAUGAAGCAGGAGAUAUUCAAACACCUUCAUAUCUUACUGUUACAAAUAUCGCACCAUCUUUCAUUCGAGCUCCAUCAGACACUGCAGUGACAGAUGGAACAGCAGCAGUUUUACACUGUGAAGUUUCAGGAGCACCAAAACCGCGCAUUACAUGGAAAACAGGCACUAAGAUAUUGGCAAGUGGUUCAAUACAAAUUCCACGGUUUGUACUUUUGGAGUCAGGCGGACUACUGAUAAAACCAGCCCACAUUGAAGAUGCAGCAACAUAUACCUGUUUUGCAGUGAAUUCCAAAGGAGCAGUGAAUGCAUCAGCUGAACUUACAGUUUGGACUCGUACUGUUAUUUCAGUCCCACCCAAAGACCGCAGUGUAAUCAAAGGAACAACAGCUGUACUAAUUUGUGGAGUAUCUCAUGAUCCCAGGGUCACAAUCCGGUUUGUCUGGAAGAAGGAUGGAAAUAUUAUUGAUGCAGAUGUUCUUCCCAGGAUUAUCAUAGGGCAAAAUGGCUCACUUCAUAUUAGUCAAACUUGGUCAGGUGACAUUGGUGACUACACCUGUGAGGUUCUGUCCUUGGGAGGAAAUGACUUCAGAACUGCCCGCCUGGAAGUCAUUGAACUUCCUCACCCACCCAGAAAUCUGCAAGUAAAUUUAAACUUUUCAAGCAGCCGGGCAGUGGAUUUAUCAUGGACACGGCCCUUUGACGGAAACAGCCCUAUACUGCACUAUAUUGUGGAGUUAUCUGAAAACAACUCACCAUGGAAAAUACAGUUACCUAACAUUAAUCCAAGAGUGAUGCACAUUACUGUGAGUGGCUUGACGCCAGCCCGGUCAUACCAAUUCCGUGUCUGCGCAGUGAAUCAGCUAGGAAAAGGACAAUACAGCACAGAAACCAACAGGCUGCUAUUACCUGAAGAAUCUCCUGGUGCCCCUCCUCAGAAUAUUAUGGCCAGUGGUCGAACAAAUCAAUCCAUAAUGGUACAGUGGCAGCCUCCCCCAGAACAGGAGAUCAAUGGUGUUCUUAAAGGAUAUAUCCUCAGGUAUCGACUUGCAGGCCUUCCAGGUGGAUACCAGUAUAAGAAUAUCACUAGCCCUGAAGUGACCUAUUGCCUAGUGAACGACCUGAUCAUUUGGACCCAGUAUGAAAUUCAAGUUGCAGCAUACAAUAGCGCUGGGCUUGGUGCAUACAGCAAAGCAACAACUGAGUAUACACUGCAGGGAGUGCCGACAGCACCCCCACAGAAUGUGGAAGCCAAAGCUGUGAACUCCACUGCUAUCGAAUUUAUGUGGGAUCCUCCUCCUCAGCAGUUCAUAAAUGGUAUCAACCAAGGUUACAAGCUCCUUGCAUGGACUAUAGACUCACCAAAUGCAAUUGCAGUGAUGACUAUCACCCCUGAUUUCCAUGGAACACGUCAUGAAGGAAUUUUUACAGGCCUCAGCAAGUUCACAAAAUACUACACAUCUGUAUUGUGUUUUACAACGCCAGGUGAUGGCCCGAAGAGUUCGCCCAAGCUCGUUCAGACCUAUGAAGAUAGACCAGGAGCUGUUGGGAGCUUGAGUUUUACAGAAGUACUUGAUACCUCUUUGAAAGUCAGCUGGCAAGAGCCACAAGAAAAAAAUGGGAUCCUCACAGGUUACCAGAUUUCCUGGAAAAUAUAUAACAAAAAUGAAAGUCGUUUGAGUCGCAAAUUGUCAGAUACAACACGAGAGUACAAGGUAAUGGGACUCAGUUCCCUCACCACCUACACUAUUGAAGUGGCAGCCAUGACUUCAGUGGGCAUUGGAGUAGUGACUUUAUCUACCAUCUCUUCUGGAGUACCACCAGAACUCCCAGGUGCUCCAUCUAAUCUUGUGAUCUCAAAUAUCAGUCCUCGAUCAGCCAUGCUGCAGUUUCGGCCAGGGUUUGAUGGGAAAACAUCCAUCUCAAAAUGGAUUGUUGAAGGACAGAUUGGAGUGAUUGGAGAAGAUGAAGAGUGGGUUGUACUGCACGAAGUAGAGAAUGAACCUGAUGCCCAAAUGUUAGAAAUUCCAAAUUUAAUGCCAUACACAUACUACAGGUUUCGAAUAAAACAGCUGAAUAUAGUGGGCUCUAGCCCUGCAAGCUGGCCUUCACGUGUAAUUCAAACUCUGCAGGCUCCACCAGAUGUAGCACCUGGUAAUGUCACAGUGCGAACAGCAAGUGAGACCAGCUUAUGGAUUCGUUGGGUGCCUGUUCCAGAGUCUGAGUACAAUGGUAACCCUGAAUCGUUUGGAUAUAAAAUCAAGUAUUGGAGACUGGAUGGUCAGGGCAUGCCUGUGUCUCAGAUAAUUAACGAUUGCCUGGAGCGAGAGAUCACAAUUGAAGACCUAGAGGAGUGGAUUGACUAUGUAGUCCAGAUUCAGGCCUUUAAUGCCAUUGGUUCAGGACCUUGGAGCAACCAAGUCCAAGGGCGCACAAGAGAAUCAGUUCCAUCAGCUGCACCAGUAAAUAUUACAGCAGAGGCUGUGAGCUCCACACAGAUUCUGGUCAUGUGGGGGCCAGUCCCAGAUUCUGAGCAAAAUGGACGGAUCCUGGGAUACAAGAUCCUGUACCAAGAGAGAGAUUCUGAAUUGAAUAUUUGCAGUCAUAUAGUGAAAGGAAAUUUUACACUAUCUGUUGUCCUGAAUGAUCUAAGGAAAUACAGUCAAUAUGAGAUUCAAGUUUUGGCGUUUACCAGGAUUGGGGAUGGAGUGCCAAAUUCACCAGCUCUAAUAGAGAGAACAAAAGAUGAUGUUCCAGGUCCUCCAUCAAGAUUGUUAUUCCCAGAGGUCCAGUUGACAUCAUUGAGAGUUGUCUGGCAGACACCCGAAAAUCCCAAUGGCAUCAUUCUAGGUUACAAGGUAUCUUACCGUUUGGCAACUGCUGAACCAAAUAGGUUCAUCACCACAGAAGUCAGUGCCAAUGUUCGACAGUACUCUGCAACCAAGCUGAUACCUGAAUCUCCGUAUGUUUUCCGUGUUUCCGCAAAGACACAUCAGGGGUGGGGCGAGUCAGUGGAAGCAGUUGUGAUCACCACUGAAACUAGAGACCGCCCACUGCCAGCUACCAAUCUGACAGUACCCCAGUCUGAGAUUCGGGGUCGAAGUUUGCUGUUGCAAUGGAAAACAGGGAGUGACCGGUCAUCACCAAUCCGCUACUUCACGGUGCAAGUAAAGGAACUGCCUAACAUGGAUUGGCAGACACACACCUCUUCAAUUAGUCAUGAUGCUACAUCAUAUCUUAUUGACCGCUUAAAGCCUUACACUUCCUACCAGUUACGAGUAAUGGCAACUAAUGAUAUUGGAGACAGUGUUUACAGUGUACCAACAGAGUCAGUGACAACACUGCAGGAUGUUCCCAGCAAACCACCAGUUAUUCUGUCUGUGAUUCCACGUACCACUACCUCGGUCCUUGUUCAAUGGAAGUCACCAGAGGAAGAAGGUUUAAAUGGCAUAUUGUUGGGAUUUCGGAUUUACUACAGGGAGCUUGUGUAUGAGGAUAUGCCUAGAUUCAACAUCCAGCCCAUUGGGGAUCCUUCUUCUCUGCAGGCAGAGUUAGCAUCUGAGAAUAGCUUCAAGACAGUGAGCAGCUCCACAGUAACAGAGUUUGAACUAACACAUCUAAAGAAGUACACAAGAUAUGAAAUCCUAAUGAAAGCAUUUAAUAUUGUUGGUGAGAGUCCUGCCAGCAAUCCUAAAGAAGUCUAUGUGGGAGAAGCAGCACCUACAAGAGGUCCUCAGAAUGUAAAGGUGCAUCCUCUCACAGCAACUCGAUUAGAAGUUACAUGGGAGCCUCCUCCGGCAGAGUUCCAGAAUGGCAAAAUACAGGGUUAUAAGAUUCACUACUGGCAGCUUCAGAACCAGAAUGAAACACAAAAAGUGAAGAUCCUGUUCCUCCCAGAGAACAUUAUCCACCUAAAAAACCUGACCAGUUAUACAGUGUAUGUGGUUCGUGUAUCAGCAUUCAAUGCUGCUGGAGAUGGACCUAGGAGUGAACCAGUUGAGGGAAGGACACAUCAGGCUGCUCCAAGUGCUCCUAGUUAUAUCACAUUUACAGAAGUUACCUCCAAUACAUUGAAAGUGUUUUGGGGAGAGCCACCAAUGCCCAAUGGAGUUCUUGAGGGAUACAGAUUGGUUUAUGAACCAUUGGAAUCAGUACAAGGUGUGAGUAAAGUGGUGACGGUCGACCUUAGAGGCAACAACCAACGCUGGUUGAAGGUUCGGGAUUUGUUUAAGGGGGUCUCCUACAGCUUUCGUGUCCGAGCCAGAACCUAUACCUUUGGCCCUGAGAUAAAGGCUAACGUUACACCAGGACCAGAAGAAGGUUCCCCUGGUCCCCCGCUGAACCCCUCAAUUAGUGAAACCGCCUCUACACUCACUGUUCAUUGGACACAGGGUUUGCUUGGAGCUGGGCCAAUACAAAGCUAUGUAAUUGAAGCACAACCCUCAGAUGAAGGAUUGUGGGAUACAUUUGUGAAGGAUAUUCCUGGCGAUGCAACAUCCUAUGUGGUUAAUAGGGAUCUGCUAAAACAAGGAGUGAGCUAUGAAUUUCGCAUUAUCGCAGUCAAUCAAUUUGGAUAUGGGGAACCAAGCACACCAUCCACCAUAACAUCAGCUCAGCUGGGAAAACUUCCAUUUUAUGAAGAGUGGUGGUUCCUGGUAGUGAUGGCUCUCUGCAGCCUUAUUCUCAUUCUGCUCAUGGUGUUUGGGCUGAUCCUACAUGGACAGAGGAAAAAGUACAAGAACAAUACUGGUAAAAAUAGUACAAAUGUGGAAGAAACUCUGACCUUAGAUAAUGGGGGAUUUACUGCACUGGAACUGAACAGCAGACACUUAACUGCCAAGAGUAAUUUCUGUAAGAAGAAUGGCAGCAAGUUUCCACCGAGGCCCAGCCCAGGAGGGUUACGCUAUUCUGAUGAGGAUUUAUGUAAUAACUACAAUGGAAUUGUGCUAACAGAGAGCACUACUCUGACAGAGAAACCCACUGAAAUAUCCGAGUCAGAGGCUACUGACAGUGAUUAUGAAGGUGAAUUGCCAAAAAGCACACAUUCAUUUGUAAACCACUACAUGAGUGAUCCAACCUACUUCAACUCAUGGAAGAGACAGCCCAAGGGUCUUCCAAGAGCUUCAGCCUACACUUAUGAGGAAUGCACAGAUGGUGAACAGGAGCCAUACUAUCCAUCUGUAAUCACAAAACAGAGUACAGGGGGUGUCUACACUCCCAGUGGACAGCCUGCUUCAGGAGCACGGACUCCUGUGACUGGGUUUUCUUCCUUUGUGUGACCAUUCAUUAUGAACAAUGUCAAGCAAUCCCUGAAAUGUUGCUUAUUCAAUGGACCAAUGUGCCGGAUGAAGUGACACACAAUCACAGUGCAGAAGAAAGCAAUUUAACAGAAAUUGUCAUCUUCGUAGCUGCCUAAAAAGUGCCUUUUGCCUUGUUGGUAACCUGAUACUAAUACAGCAGUGGUGUUUAUAAAGUCUGUCUUCCAUUCAUUUGAAUGAGAAAUAGAACAGAUUCUAUGAACAUUUUCUCUUGUCCAUAAUCUAAAGUUGGAAUGGAAAUGAUGGUGCCCCUGCAUCAUAUUCCUUAUCUUAGGGAAUUCUCAAAAUUAUCAACAAACAAAUUAUAUUUGAAUUUCCAACCAGACAUUAGGAAUUAUGGCUUCUUCUGUCUGACAGUCAAGUUUGUGACGUAAAACUGAUCUUUCAGAGGAAGACGAAGACUGAACAGAACCACUUUGUACACCCACAAAGACCGCUCAUGUCCCCACUGCUGAAAAAGGCAUGUUUCAGGCAGCUUAAUAUCAUUGCCUUCUAAUUUCAUUGCAACUUCAGUGCUGUGAAGUUAGCAAAACCUACAGUUCCAGCACCAAUAAAACAACAGAAAGAAACAGAAACAUUUUAAUUAUUUUCUAACUUCUGAAAGCAUUCUCUGAAUAUCCUGCUGAUUCUUUAGAAAAUGUAAACAAUAGGAAGGAGCAUGUGGGUUAAGUUGCUGGUUGAGAACGUUUGGAAACCAUCAUAAAAUAACAAAGAAUGAUCACCAUCACACUUCUAUUUUUGAACAGUUUGAGAGGUCACAAACUAUUGCAGUAAGUUUCUUUUCAUAUAGUGAAAUGGUUCAAGUCUCAUAAUUGCACUCAGAUCAGUUUGGUUUUAAUUUUCAGGAUAUUAGGGGUGCACUGACUUUUGGGUGCUUGCGCUCUCUCACUCCAUCUGCCAACUACGUUUCACCUUAGUGUUUAGAAUUAAUUACAGAAUGUUUCCAAACAUUCAUUAACACACUUUCUUCAGAAAUGCCCAUGUAUCCUACUAUGAGCACCAAUCUAUCACUCCAGUAAUUCCAAAACUUUAAAAUUCCUUUUUUUUCAGCCCACUUUUUGUUUGUAGUAGCAUGUGAAAGACCCCCAUUAAGUUGCCCUGGCUUUCUUUCUGCAACUUGAAUUGAUAUUGGAUUUCUCAGGGUGCCAGCUGCAUCAGCAUGUUUGGCAAUUAGGAAGGAGGUCACAGAUGAAGCACGUCCUGAGCUAUACUUUACCCUGCAAUCAGAUAUGUCCACUCAACGUCAAUGUGGAAAGCACACUGACCCAGACUUUUCCUGCUGAAGAUUAUUAGUUUAAAAGCAAAGACAGAUAUAAUCAAGAAAAGAAAAGGAGGGGUUUUGCAGUGAUAAGAUUUUUAAAAAUUCGAUUAUUGCAUAUGAUUUCCUGUUUAGAACAUGAAUUUCUCUUUGAAUCAGCUGGCAUUCUUCUUUUAUCCUCAAUUACAACUUACCCAUAUUUUCAACAAAUCAAAGAUUGUGCUCUUUUAAAAUGUUGCUGAUAUUUCAUUAUAUACAUUUUAUUUUAUUACGUAAAGUGAAUUUUUUCAAAAUGUAUUGUGUUCUUUUUAUUUUUAUUUCUAAAUUAUAAUUUUUUUAAAAUUUAAACUGUAAAUAUUUCUACAAACAUUUAACUGUCACCUCAGUAACUAAAUAAUGUGCUUAUCAGACCUCAGAUUUAAUUUCUUGUCACCAGACUGAGUUUCUACUUUAAAUAAAGAUGCUGAGGUGAGACCAACCAAUAUAAUUGAUCACAAACUUAUGUUAACAAUAACCUUCAUCAUUAUCACUAAACAUAAAAGUGAAGUACUGAUAGAAUGUAUUUUAUUACCUAAACAAGCCAAGAUAUUGAAAAAUAUUUUUGGCAAAAAACACAUUUGUGGAAACUUGAUUUCUUUUUCUGACUGUGAGAUGAAGAACUUUCAAUGCAGGUAAAACUAAAUGGCAUUUGGAUGGAAUGAUAGCCAUGUUCCAUGACCAUGUCAUUAAAUUCUCUCUCACUUGACACUUGAACUUGAACCUGGAAUUAACCACUAGAAUAUAUUGUUUGUGUUAUUUAUCUUUAAAUUCAUCAGGCUAAUUUUAUUGCCUUUUGAGCUGUGUUCGGGGCAGUCAAUGAAGUACAUUAUCUAAUCCAGUGAAUAAAGCCAAAAAACUAAUUUAAUGUAGUUGCACUAAAAUCUUGACAAUUCGAAUACAAAUAGCAAACCUAUUUAUUGUAACAUAAAGCAUUUUUCUUUUUUGUAUUUAUCCCAAUUUUUAUAUUUGAUCAUGUUCAGUAAAUUUGUAUACACUUUUUCAAUAUACAAUAUAUUUUCUACUUAUUUUUUAACUAUUCAAAGUAAUUUGGACAAUUUAAAUAAAAACACAAAAAUAUUAUUUCUAUAAAAUAAUUUUUGACCAAAUUCAGUAUACUUCCCAGUUGAUUUCUGACCAAUGCUCACCUUUUUAAAUGAAGGAUAAAGUGGGCAUAUUUUGCUAUGGAGAUAACACACUGUAGGGACUUUGUUCACCAAGUGAGAAAUUCACUGUAAAGCGUUUGUGACCUUUCAAAAAUUUCACAGUCCAGAUGAGGAAAUAUUCUCAGUGUGACCUGUAGAAAAAACAAAGAUUUUGAGUACCCCUCAAUACUGCUGUAAAAACAGGUAACAGAAUUAUGUCAAGAUUGUGAUGUUUCCAGUCUUCUCCAGCUGUUUCAAACAAACUCCAAAAUCCUAUUGAGAUAGCAAGAACUGCAGAUGCUGGAGUCAGAACCAACAAAGUAUGGAGCUGGCGGACAACAGCAGGCCAGGCAGCAGAGGUCCUGAUUGAAAAAGUCAACUUUCCUGCUCCUCUGAUGCUGCCUGGCCUGUUGCAUUCCUUCAGCUCCACAGUCCUCCUACUAGCUGUUGUAUAAACAUUGCAAAUAUUGGCCUCAAAGUGAAAUUUCUAGAAAAAUCAAGUGUUCAGUGAACACCUUCCAGCAUGUGAUAGUGCUAUGUGGCACAAGUAAACAAGGCAGAUUUUUCUUGUUGAAUUCAGUUCAAUCUCAUUUGAUUGGUAGAUGAGUAAAGGUAAUUUAUGAUUUUGAAUACAAAUCUACUACUUUUGAGAACUGUAUUUAAAGAUUGGUCAAUAGGAAAAACAUGAUUCAAAUUAAACUGCUGUGGAAGAACACGUGGGAUCCAGAGGACACCUUACUAGUUUUUAUGGAGGAGGUUAGCUUCCACUGGUGUCUUGUGAGUUUUGGAUAAUGACCAUCCAACUGUCAUCCUAGAAUCAAAAGAAAUACUGCCCAGCACACUUUGAAUGCACUCUCAAGCCAUAUGAAUAUUGCUUUGAUCAGAAUGUCUUCAUUUACAUUUUUAUUUUCUCAAAACGUUUAUUUGGUACUUUGUAGAGGACAUGACUGGUACAUGUUUUGCUAGCAAUAUGUAUACGAAUGUGUAUUUUUUAAGAUACUUUUUGUACUGCUGAAUUUAUACCCCCUAAUGAAAUCCUAUUGAAGUAUGAAUCAAGUUGAGGCAGAUAAAAUAUUAAGAUCUGCCCUCAGCAAAAUAGAAGAUACUACAUUUCAUAGUAUAUUGACCUCAGUAGUUCACUUUGUACAGUGUAACCCUUCUGUGAUCAAUUCUAAGCAAAAACAAUCCUAAGUAUAAAUCCAUGUUGUUAAUUUUCUAGAUUUGUUUGUGAUAACCAUGUAAUUGAGGAGAAAAAUGCUUUAAAUUCUCCCUUUUUCCAGGAGUGUAGGUGACUCGCUUUGUCCUUCUGUAAAUAUUAUGUUGUAAAGGAUGUUCACAGAGACACGCUUUAGUUAAAGGAUAUCUCGCCAAUCAUUAUUUGAAUGAAAUCACUGUGUUAAGUGGAGUAAAUCUUUGUGAUUCUGAUGCUAGGAAAAAAGAUUUUAUUUGUUUGUACAUUCUGUUUUCCCAAGUUGUGCUAAUUACAACCGUUAACAGUGUGAUUAACAGCAAUGACAUCUUAUCACACAGUGAUGAGGUCAACCUGUUGCUGUGCUAUAGAAAGGAUGCAAAGCCCCAGCUUAAAACUGUGAAGUGAAAUGUUUAAAGUGAAAGAUAUAUUGUGUGAUAUUUAUUUUUCAUUCUUUAAACUGUUUAGCGUUGAUUUAGAAAAUUGGGAUUGGAUCUGAUCAGAAUUGAUCUGAUGUUGGCUCUGUUUCAAUGAAACAAUGACCAUUGUUGACAGAAAGUAAAUUAGAUAAUAGUCUAAAACAUAGAAUUGUCCUAAGAUCUACAGAAAAUGAAGGUGACCUCCUGCUGAUAACAACACAGACAAAAAAAAUCCCUGGGACUUUUUUUGAUUUUCUUUGAACAUUUUCAAUUUUCUUUUAAUCAGAGAUGAGGAUACAGGCUGUUUGCCAGGAUGGGGUAGGAGAGGGAUAAAGAAGAAAGGCUGUAAUUAGGCAUUUGAAGUCAUGCAAUGAUACUUCUGAAAAUACAUCCAGUGUUGGUAUUCCUAAUGUGCAUGUCGGUUCCCCAUGGUUUAAACAGGAAUUGCAUUUGACAAUUAUAAAUUCAAGUUAUUAUAAUGUUCUGUAUUUUUUAAGAGGUUAACUAUUGAGAAACACACAGAUAAUCAAACCAGUAGCAGUGUCAGGUGAAAGGAGCCCAUAUCUUAUGAGAAUUCAGACACCAUGUACUCAGAAUUUCAGAUACUAUGUGACACAUUUGAAAAUACCAAAAACACAAUUGCCAAAUGUGCAAAAGCACUGUGAGUUACAUUCAUGCAAUUGGUUCAGUUUUGAAAUUACACUUAUUUUUGUUUGUCACUAAUUUUCCUAUUUUACUACCAUUGAUCAUUCGUGUAUUUUUGUCAUUUUUAGACAAGAAAUGUAAAACAUGUCAGGGCAAAUCUCCAUGAUUGAUGCAUAUUAGGUUAAAAUGAGUUGGAAGUUAUUUCUGUUCCUAAUAUUCAAAAAAAAUUGUAAAUUUUCAGUUGGGCCCAGUUUUGAUUUUAUACAAGCAGAUCAGCUUUGAAUAGACAGAUAUCAAACCCACUGUAUCUAAAGAGGUGCCAGUUGACGUACAGUUGCACUUUAUAAUUAAGCUCCCACUCUGUAUGAUCACUUGUGUAUUUACGUCAUAAGCCAACACACGUCAUCUUGUGAAAUGUUAACCUGGCAGGAUUGAUACAAAAAUUAAACAGUUAGUGUGUUAACUUUCUAAACUCAACAACGUGGUGUGGAUAGCUGGUCCCUUUCUAUAGUCAUUCAUGAACACUUUUUAGAGUUAGAGCAGUACAGGUUUAGUUUAUGGUAAAAAGUAAUUACAGGUUAGGAUGUCAUUGCAUUUUGAAUUUUCUAUAUGAGAUGUCAGUUCGAUUUGAAUAUUGGGAACAGUACUGCAUGGAGAGUAUUCAUUUGGCCUUAAGCGACAGAUGCAGCAUAAAUCUAUGUGAACAAUAAUCUAUGGAUUGCUUUUAUUGAGGGACCUUUAUGUUUAGCAGUAACUAAAUAAUAAAGUCCAAAGGACUAAAAGGUUGCAGUUAAAACUGACUUAGUGUGCAGAUUUUUUUAAAAAUACAGCCUUUCAACAAAUGUUUAAAACUUUAUGGUAUUUCCUAUAAGACACUUGUCUCCUUAGGAAGAGCUAUCCUUUCUGGGAGCGUUCUGAGCCAAAAUGUGUUUGCGUUUUUAAAGAAAGGUUGUGUUUCAAUGUUGAAAUGUAAUUUGCAAUGUUGCUUGAUAAAACAGUUAGCUAUGCAUAUCCAGCAUCCUUUUUAUAAAAAAUAGAUAAUUGAGCAUGAAAGAAUUAUUUUCGAUAGGAAGCAUUACACAGAUUAAAUUGUGUAAGAUAGAGGGAGAACAUGGGUUGAAUUCUGUAAGGAAAAGAAAGCUUCAUGCAGGUUUAUUGAACUUUGAAGGACUUCUAUAUGUCACUUCAGUACCAUUUAAUAUUCUUUGUCACUUCUAGUAGUAGGCUUAUCCGUCCACAGCUCCACAGUAUGGAAGCACAGAGAAAUGUGCAGAGACAUUCAUGAUUUAAGCCACCACUAAUCUAAAUAAAAGACAAGUUUGUCUUCAACAAAGACUUCAAAGUGCUCAAACGUGUGACAAGUUUACAGUGUUAUAAUCUUAAUGUGACAACAAAUAAUCAUCAGGAUAAUUCAGGUGUUACCUCCAUCGGAAACAUCAUCAACAAAGAUAUAAUAUACAACACAUUACGCUUUGGCUCCAAGGUAGUGGCAUAAGUCAGACAAAUGCCAGUAAAUCCUUUGGAACUGCUGUAACUAAUCUGGGAAUGCAGCAAAAUCCCCACUUGUACAUGUAAUAAGGGUUUAGGCCACAUUUCCAGUGAAGGAGUGGUAGCAAAUCAAAGGAAGCUAUCAACUAUUAGAUGGCAGCACUGGGAUAAAUAGAAAAUUCUAUAGCACUGAAAUAAUAACCACAAGUCAAGAGAUAAGACACUGAGCUUUGCCAUUCAGUCUUAGCUACAAACCCAGCUUAACUGGAAUGCAAGUUUCUCCAUUACGUGUGAAUAUCCAUUAUGAAGUGAGUUCCAAGUGUUCCAAGGUGGACCUGAAAUCAGUUUUUAAAAAACUCUGAAUAUAAAACUAAUUGGUAUAAAUUAACAUGCCACUUUAUGAAUGGUAGACAAAAUAGAAAAUGAUGUAUCAUGUGGAGCCAGCAGAAUUCUUUUGACAUCAGGGUUUGAAACACAUUUCCAGGAAGGUGGUAUGGCAGAUUCUAGUUUCUAGACAUUGGAUUAAUCAGGUUGACUGCAGAAUUCUUUCCCAGUUUUCUACAUUCCUAUGUUCAUAAAGUAGUGGGAACUUUACAUCGCAAGUGUCUGUGCUUUGUCAGAUCUGGGAGGAUUUUGAUGUUGAUUCUUUUCCCCAGCACUAAUAUUCCUUAGCUACACGAGCGCAAUUUUUAAAAAUGAGAAUGCUGGAUUCACAAUGCAUUUCUACUAUUUUAUGUUUUUACUUUGGGUUGAUUUCAUACAUUAGUAAUAUCAGUAUGGUUUUAGGAAGUUCAUAAACCUGGGGAAUCAAGUCCAAGUCCUGUCAUCAAGUGAAGCAGGCUUAGAAAGCGGGUAAUAAAUGGACCAAAGAACGUAUAAGUUAUUCAGUCAUUAUAAGUCACACAUUCUGGUCCUAGUCUCAAAUUUUCAUUGUAAGUUUAUAAUAGAAGCUGUGUAAACUUACUGUACUCAAAAUCACACCUUUUACCAGUGGUGGCCUUGACUGGUAACUCCACUGACAGGAGGUCGCUUUUGUAGUGUUAGAAAUUUAUGUAGACAGUUUCCAUAAUGAAUGUAGACAUAGAAAUUGACAGGAAGUAAGUUUGUCAUAGAUUAAAGAAAUGUUGAGAGUUAUUCUGAAUUCACUAUUUCAUUGCUCCCACUACUAGAGAAAAACUUGUAAUCAUCUGUGAUUUUCUGUUGGGUUAUAUCAGCCAAAGGACACAAAGGCAUCCCUGCCUCUGAACCAGACAUUCUGGGUUCAAUACUCACCCAGGGACUCGAUGACCAAGAAAGUUCUGUUUAUAAGUUGAAAGGCAGUAAGAGCAGGGGAGAGUCCUGGUAAGCCAUGUGAUGCAACCACUGUUAGAGCCUCUAGCGUCACAGUUCGUUCAUAGCUUCAGAAUACAACAUGCAUGUCGAAAAAGCGCAGGUUGCCAGAGCAACUCUGAUUUUCUGAGUGAAUUGUAACCACAUCAACCAAAAUGCUCUCUCAGGACAACCCAAAUAUGUGAGGACAAAAUAUGUAUUUGUAGGCUGAACAUUUUUCACACUUGAAAUGGGCACAGCAUGAAAAGGUUACAUUCCUCAUUGAGAUUUCAGUGAAGGCUAACAAUGUUUACACUGGUGAAGAUUUGAAGCUGGUGUUCUUCAGCUACAAGAGAAAUUCUCUGCAGUUAUAAAAGGCUGGGUAUUCAGGAUAACUGAAUAAUGCAGUGAAUAAGCAUCCCUUCACCCACAAACUGUUCAUUCUGCUGUAUUUCUAGAUGAGUUACCAUUCCAUUUUUGAAUGCACUAAAAUUCAAAGGUUCCUGAAUGGAGUGGAGGAUGAAGAAAUUAAUCAACUUCAGACAGGAUCGAUAAUAAAUGGAAUUUUGUAGGAUUGUGCAGAAAAUAACCAGCCUUGAAAGAUUUCCCCCAAUGAGCCUGCCAGCUUCCCACCAAAUGAAACCCAGUUUCACAACCUUCAACAGUGUGAAUCAGGUCUUGCAGCUAAUCAUUUGUAUUCAUGGUAUUGUUAAUUAGGAACACACUAUGUUUAUCUUCAUGCAUAACAUUUGUACCAGUUAGAUCUGCUUCUGUGGCACUGCUUUUUUUGUAAAACUUAAUUAUUACCUGCACACUU